CCUUCAGCGCAGCCACCUCCAAUGCCACCCCCUCCACUGGGCUCCCCCUUCCCGGUCAUCAGUUCUUCCAUGGGGUCCCCCGGCCUGCCCCCUCCGGCUCCCCCAGGAUUCUCCGGGCCUGUCAGCAGUCCUCAGAUUAACUCCACAGUGUCUCUCCCUGGGGGUGGGUCUGGCCCCCCUGAAGAUGUGAAGCCACCGGUCUUAGGGGUCCGAGGCCUGCACUGUCCACCCCCUCCAGGUGGCCCCGGGGCUGGCAAACGGCUAUGUGCAAUCUGCGGGGACCGGAGCUCAGGCAAGCACUAUGGCGUUUACAGCUGUGAGGGCUGCAAGGGCUUCUUCAAACGCACCAUCCGGAAGGACCUGACCUACUCCUGCCGGGACAACAAAGACUGCACGGUGGACAAGCGCCAGCGGAACCGUUGCCAGUACUGCCGCUACCAGAAGUGCCUGGCCACCGGCAUGAAGAGGGAGGCGGUCCAGGAGGAGCGGCAGCGGGGGAAGGACAAAGAUGGGGACGGGGACGGGGCUGGAGCAGCCCCUGAGGAGAUGCCUGUGGACAGGAUCCUGGAGGCCGAGCUCGCCGUGGAGCAGAAGAGCGACCAGGGCGUUGAGGGCCCUGGGGGGACCGGGGGCAGCGGCAGCAGCCCCAAUGACCCAGUGACUAACAUCUGCCAGGCAGCUGACAAACAGCUGUUCACACUCGUUGAGUGGGCCAAGAGGAUCCCACACUUCUCCUCCCUACCUCUGGAUGACCAGGUCAUAUUGCUGCGGGCAGGCUGGAAUGAGCUCCUCAUUGCUUCCUUCUCCCAUCGGUCCAUCGAUGUCCGAGAUGGCAUCCUCCUGGCCACAGGUCUUCACGUGCACAGAAACUCAGCCCAUUCCGCAGGCGUGGGAGCCAUCUUUGAUCGGUCCCUCUCCAGGGUGCUGACAGAACUAGUGUCCAAAAUGCGUGACAUGAGGAUGGACAAGACAGAGCUGGGCUGCCUGCGGGCAAUCAUUCUGUUUAACCCAGAUGCCAAGGGCCUCUCCAACCCCGGGGAGGUGGAGGUCCUGCGGGAGAAGGUCUACGCGUCCCUGGAGACCUACUGCAAGCAGAAGUACCCCGAGCAGCAAGGCCGGUUUGCCAAGCUGCUGCUACGUCUUCCUGCCCUCCGCUCCAUCGGCCUCAAGUGUCUGGAGCACCUGUUCUUCUUCAAGCUCAUUGGCGACACCCCCAUUGACACCUUCCUCAUGGAGAUGCUCGAGGCUCCCCACCAGCUAGCCUGAACCCAGACCACUCCUCAGCGGUGGGGAGCACCGAGGAAGAGGACUUGAGCCUGGGCAGGGUGGGAGGGCCGAGGGCCCAGCCAGAGCCGUGGGCAAACGGUGGGUGCCGAGGAGGGGACUCCUGCAGCCUGCAAGGCAUCUGGCGACCCUUAGGGUUUGCCUGGUCUCCAAGUCAGAGGGGGCCCCAGGUCCCUGUGGCGACUCCAUGUCUACCUUCAGUGGCCUUGAGUCUCUGAAUUUGCCGGGGUCUCCCGUGAUGUGGGUCAUCCUGGCUCCCCCAGCACAAAGCACUGGCCCUGGUCCCGGGACUCCACUCCCUUUUCAUCCUGCCUCACUCCCUUCUGAAGAGUGGAAUGGAGCUCCCCUAGAAAGGGUGUUGCGGGGCAGGCCCCCCAAGCUGAUGGUCUCGGGAGCAGGGCUCUGAUAGCCCUUCAUCCCCCCAACCUGACAGGUGGGGGCCGAGGGAGGGGUGCCCCUCCUGUCUCCUGCCGUCAGACGAGGAAUAAAGGUGGUGGUGAAGGGCCGGUGGAGAUGGGGGGCCGACUGCCAUCUUUAAUUUCCUGUGAGGAGGGCCUGGGAGUUAGACUCAGAGAAGUACUGUACAUCCCCAGGUUGGCUUACAUGCCGGGGCCAGAGCGGCAUGUGGGCAAGGAGGCCCCUCAGGUGUCUGCCCGUGGUCUCCCGGUGGGUGCUGCCUUCCCCAUCUCACUGGCUCCUGGACGGGUCUGGGCAGUGAGGGGUGCUGGUUUGGGUGGCCUUUCCUUUUACAGCUGUCCCUGUUCCUCAGCACACAGGCUGGGGGCAGAAUUGACGGCGUGGCCGGCCUUCAGAGAUGGGUGCUGGGCUGCAUGGUUUUGCCCUGGGUCUCUUUUGGUUUUUUUGGGGGGGGAUCCCUCCCUCUUUCACUCGCACAUAAAAUCGCUUUCCAGUUAA